AUGGAGCCCUCUCCCUCUAUGAACUUGACAAUGCAGAAUGAGGAGGAGGAUCAACGUCCCCUCCUUCCAUCAAAAGUGGUCCCUCUCCCACCUGCUUUUGGCAACCAGUGCGGAAGGAACCACUCAUGUCAAAGAGGGGGAGAUCACUCAGUGUUGCUCGAUGGAACCCAGUCAUCACCCGCCCUCUCAUAUUACAACGGCUGCCAAUAUGUCUCACCCUCAUCCCACUCAUCACCCCGAAGGGGAGACAAUAAGGAAAAGGUUAGGGGGAAGGAGGUGCACAAGGAAAAGAGAGGCAAGAAGACAGCAGAGAAUAAACAGAAUGCUGGGCACAAGGAUUGGAUUUGGGGUAGUAAAACAAAAAGUUCAAGCCCACAGAGGCGCCAGCAGGACAUUAAAUCCACUCAGUCACCCUACAACAGAGUCUGUAUGUCUCAUAUGGAUUUAAGGGAUACAGAAAGUGGGCCACCCAGUAAAGGAGGUCGAAGGCUAGAGGCCACAUCAAUGGAGAUGCAGGUCCGCCAGAGUCUACCCGAGAUUAUCAUUACAACCAAAGACGACUACCAGCCACAGGCCCCCAAUCAAACAUCCAGCUCGGACAAGAAUCACACCAAGUCUGAGGCCAAGGGCACCUAUGGUGGAGGUGACUGCCCUCACAAGAAGACCCAGAGCAUCGGUCGUAGGCUGGUCCGCCGAAGGGCGCUGUUUGAGAGGAGGCAGAGGCUGAAUGACUGUGCGCUCGCUGUGGGCAUGUUUGGAGUGGUGGUCAUGGUCACCGAGACAGAGCUCUUCUGGAGCAUCUACAGUAAGGUCAGCACUGGGGACCAGAUCUGGGUUCCAAUGCUUAAUUUGUAUUUAUUUUUGUAUAUACUUUGAGCAUUUGCUUGAGUCUGCCUGGAGUGCCAGAUGGGAGGGGUAUUUUCUAUAGGUUUAUUAAGCCAGGCAAGUUCAACCAGGCACAGAUCAAGUUUUUUAAAUGCUGGGGACACCUGGGUAAUUAGUGAGAAAUAAUUAGUUCUUACUCAGAUAAAUGUAUUUGAAGGCCUUCCGUGUUUGUUGCUGAAGAUGGCAUAUUUGAAUUAAGGUUACUGUGGCCAGGAUGCAAUCUGAGGCGCAUUGUACUGUGGAUAAUGCGCCUUUUAAAGGAAAUGUUCCCGGAGAUGUUCGCGGAGAUCGUAUCAAUCGGAAAUUACCUUUAAAUGUCAAGCGCGCUACAAUGCGCCUAGGAUUGAAUCCCAGCUGUAUGUUAAAAGAAAUUGAAGGGUACUGUAUGUUAAGAUGAGUGUGUCCACUACAUGUGUUCCCCCACAGAGCUCCAUAUACUCCAUGGCUAUGAAGUCUGUUAUCAGCCUAUCCUCUCUUACCCUGCUGGGCCUGAUCAUUGUCUACCACAUCUGUGAGGUGCAGGUAAUUCACUUGUCUGACUACUUACUAAACUGCCCAUAUCUCACUAUCUUAAACGAGCUAUGAUCCCUCGGGUUAGAUUAUUUUAAGUCAUUCUACUCUAAAAUCGUUUUUGUUAUAUGCCAGACUAUAGUAUAGUAGAGGCUCUAUUGCUAACGGGUAAAGUAGAUGGUGACAGAGGGCAACCUUGUCUGGUACCUCUCGUUAUACCAUUUAUUACACUUUGACUACACUCUCAGUGACACUGUACUACAUUUACAUUUUAGUCAUUUAGCAGACGCUCUUACAGUUAAUGAGUGCAUACAUUUUCCAUACUACAUCUAUGCUCUAACUCAGACAUGGCUUUGUACCUAUACUCACAUCACUGUUAGCUCUACAUCCACGAUAACGGAGCAGAGGACUGGCGAAUCGCCAUGACAAUGGAGCGGGUGACCCUGAUCGCCCUGGAGCUGUUUGUAGCGGCGGUGCACCCGUUCCCAGUGGGUCUCCCAUUGUCAUGGAAAGCCAUGUCCCCCACGCUGUCAGAGUCGGAGCUCGAGAUCGUGCUGGCUCUGCCCAUGUUCCUGCGACUCUACCUCCUGGGUCGUGCCUUGAUGCUGCACAGCCGACUCUACACAGACACCGCCUCUCGCAGCAUUGGCGCCCUCAACAAGGUCAGAGGUCCACAUUGGUCACCAUGCAAGUGAUGCAACCUCUCCCUCAAAUCUUAGGUUACUUGCUUUAAUGGACUUGUACAUACUCAGGUUGUACAAUAGCCAAAAUGGAUUUGACUUGAAGUUCAGUAGUAAGUACCUUCUCCUUCAAGUCGAUACGAUGCUAAAGCUGCCCAUUGGAUUCCACAACACUUCCAGCAGCUACUCACCUCAACGCUAGGUGUUGCAAUUUCAUUGGAAUCCAAUGGGCUGCUUUAGCAUUGGCUAGCUGAGCAUGCUGACGAAAAAGGAAAUGUAAUAACAACCAGCAGUAUUUAAAUCUUCUCAAUAUGGGAUAAUUAGAAGUACAGCUACACCUUCCAUCCUUGGAUUGAGAUGAUGUACGUUUUCAAGCCAUAUCCCAAAUUUGUCACCGUGGGGCAAACAUAUUGGCAUAGCAUUGUUUCGACUUGAAUGAGAAGGUACUUACUACUGAUGUCGAGAGUUUGUAUGCACAAAAAUGUUUACACAACCAUUGUGCGGUGUCUUCACAAUGCUUUUGUAAUUAUUGUGUUUUUUUUUUUACAACUUCAGUUUGUUGAGGACACUACUAUGACAGUGACACUACAUUCUGCUUUGUCCCCGCCUACCUCUCCCACUCUCUGCUGUGGUUUCCUGAGUUUCUACCAAAUCCUCCCUCUGUAAUUCCUUCCCUUGUUAUUGCUUUUUUAACACUGAUCAAACUGAUGACCUUGAACUUCCCGCUUGGCUUUGCAAACCUCUCUCCAUUCUUACUGUGGAUAUGAAUAUUAUUAUUACUUGUAUCCAGAUCCACUUCAACAGCCGUUUUGUGGUCAAAACCCUGAUGACCAUCUACCCUGGCACUGUGUUGAUGAUCUUCAGCGUCUCUCUGUGGCUAGUCGCUGCAUGGGGCCUACAUGUCUGUGAGAGGUGAGUGACUAAGAAGGGAAAGGAGGAGAGUGAGGAAGGAAGGCGGGAAAUAGGCAAUAUACUUUUGCCGGGAUUCAUUCAGUGGUGUUAAUGUUGUCAACAAAAACAGUGACUAAAAUAUUAGUAAAACACCUAUUUAUCAGUGGCAAUUAAUGAGACUAUAACUGACUAAAUAGACCCAGAACUUUUUUUUACUAAACAAAAAAUAUGUUUUUAUUUCAUUUGACAAAAUUAUCUCUGUGACUAAAAUCGGACUACUAAGUGGACUGGACAAGAGUUUUUGGAGAGAUUGACAGCUUUUCAGUGAUAAGCACAAUUAAUAUUAGCAGCACAAAUGCACAGCGCAAUUCUGUUUAGCAGUGGGAAGGACGCGUCCGGCAAACACAGCCUGCAGUCGUGGUCAAAAGUUUUGAGAAUGACAUAAGUAUUGGUCUUCACAAAGUUUGCUGCUUCAGUGUUUUUAGAUAUUUUUGUCAGAUGUUACUAUGGUAUACUGAAGUAUAAUUACAAGCAUUCCAUAAGUGUCAAAGGCUUUUAUUGACAAUUACAUUAAGUUUAUGCAAAGAGUCAAUAUUUGCAGUGUUGACCCUUCUUUUUCAAGACCUCUGCAAUCUGCCCUGGCAUACUGUCAGUUAACUUCUGGGCCACAUCCUGACUGAUGGCAGCCCAUUCUUGCAUUAUCAAUGCUUGGAGUUUGUCAGAAUUUGUGGGUUUUUGUUUGUCCACCCGCCUCUUGAGGAUUGACCACAAGUUCUCAAUGGGAUUAAGGUCUGGGGAGUUUCCUGGCCAUGGACCCAACAUUUCGAUGUUUUGUUCCCCGAGCAACUUAGUUAUCACUUUUGCCUUAUGGCAAGGUGCUCCAUCAUGCUGGAAAAGGCAUUGUUCGUCACCAAACUGUUCUUGGAGGAUGGUUGGGAGAAGUUGCUCUCGGAGGAUGUGUUGGUACCAUUCUUUAUUCAUGGCUGUGUUCUUAGGCAAAAUUGUGAGUGAGCCCACUCCCUUGGCUGAGAAGCAACCACACACAUGAAUGGUCUCAGGAUGCUUUACUGUUGGCAUGAAACAGGACUGAUGGUAGCGCUCAACUUGUCUUCUCCGGACAAGCUUUUUUCCAGAUGCCCCAAACAAUUGGAAAGGGGAUUCAUCAGAGAAUGACUUUACCCCAGUCCUCAGCAGUCCAAUCCCUGUACCUUUUGCAGAAUAUCAGUCUGUCCCUGAUGUUUUUCUUGGAGAGAAGUGGCUUCCUCGCUGCCCUUCUUGACACCAGGCCAUCCUCCAAAAGUCUUUGCCUCACUGUGCGUGCAGAUGCACUCACACCUGCCUGCUGCCAUUCCUGAGCAAGCUCUGCACUGGUGGUGCCCCGAUCCCGCAGCUGAAUCAACGUUAGGAGACGGUCCUGGCGCUUGCUGGACUUUCUUGGGCGCCCUGAAGCCUUCUUCACAACAAUUGAACCUCUCUCCUUGAAGUUCUUGAUGAUCCGAUAAAUGGUUGAUUUAGGUGCAAUCUUACUAGCAGCAAUAUCCUUGCCUGUGAAGACCUUUUUGUGCAAAGCAAUGAUGACGGCACGUGUUUCCUUGCAGGUAACCAUGGUUAACAGAGGAAGAACAAUGAUUUCAAGCACCACCCUCCUUUUAAAGCUUCCAGUCUGUUAUUCUAACUCAAUCAGCAUGACAGAGUGAUCUCCAGCCUUGUCCUCGUGAACACUCUCACCUGUGUUAACAAGAGAAUCACUGACAUUAUGUCAGCUGGUCCUUUUUUGGCAGGGCUGAAAUGCAGUGGAAAUGUUUUUUGGGGGAUUAAGUUCAUUUUCAUGGCAAAGAGGGACUUUGCAAUUAAUUGCAAUUCAUCUGAUCACUCUUCAUAACAUUCUGGAGUAUAUGCAAAUUGCCAUCAUAAAAACUGAGGCAGCAGACCUUGUGAAAAUUAAUAUUUGUGUCAUUCUCAAAACUUUUGACCACGACUGUACAUCAGUUGGUGAGCUGCGGUGAAGCAAGGGAUGAGUGUGGGCAGACAGGCUCGGUACCUGCUCGGCCUCCGAUAAGCUUCACUAACCAACCUGGUCUCAGAGCAUUUUGUAUUAUUCUGUACAUAAAUCCGAGACACUCCAUAUAGUAUGAUAUGUUACAUUUCCUAUCUAUGUAUGAAUUUGUGGAUGUCCAUCACCCAUUUCGUAAGCUAUCUUACGAAUUACAAUGCAUAUUAUAUGUUACCAAUUUGCAAAAUGUAUAAUAUGUUACCAAUUUGCAAAAUGCACAAUAUGUGACGAAUUGCCAAAACGUAUGAUAUGUUAUGAAUUAUAGAUAGGUGGCUAACAUUAGCUGUUAGCUGGGUUUAGGGGUAAGGGUUAAAUUUAGGAGUUAGGUUAAAGUGUUAGGGGAAGGGCUAACCAAAAGGGUUAGGGGAAGGAUUAGCUAACAUGUUACGUAGUUGAAAGUAGCUGAAAAGUAGUAAGUCGUUCAAAAGUUGCUAAUUAGCUAAAAUGCUAAAGUUUUCCGUGAUGAGAUUCAAACUCGCAACCUUUGGGUUGCAAGACGCUUGCGUUAUACGCCUACCCAUCCACUCCAACCAACCAUUCUCCUUUCGUUUUUACCUUAAGUAACCAUCUGUCUUAUGUAACCAUACCAAGUGUAACAUAUUAUACUAAUUUGAGUGUUCUGGGAUUACAUUUACUAUGUGACGUCUAGUGUAUGAGACCAGGCUGUGUCACAAGGAGAAUCAUGCUUGUGCAUGCAUGUAUAUAUUAUAGGUAAUUGUAUUAGUUGAUUUAGUAGUUGUAGCAGUAGUUUUUAUUAGUUGUAAAACAACUUUUUUAUGCUGUCAUUUUUAUUAUUUAUUAUUAUUUCAUUGUUAUUAUUAUUAGACAGUAGUUGCCAUAUUAUUCUUGUUAGGGAGUGAACGUUAUUUAUAAUAAGGGUUACGUGGAGGAAGUCGGAUUUCUCUGAAAUGAAAUUGGAUGGCCCUCCCUUCAGUAAAAUACUGGAUAAUUAACUAAACAAGUUACCCUCCACUAUACCCAAAAUAAUAAUUAAAACAAAGUGGAUAGCAGAGAACAUUUAUACCCUUUACCCUUACUUCUAGGAAAGACCAGAGCCUUAGAUGUGCAGUUUUAGAAACUGUUCUUUGUUCAGUACGCAUUACAUGGCAACGCCGAAAUUUUGAUAGCGCACAGGGCUGCGGCCCAGAAGAUUUCGGGUUCACGGACCACGGUGGACAAAAGUAGGAGUGGAAAGAUCUCCUUUAUAGUAAAAGCAUUGCAUGAAUCUAUCAUUAUAUUUGCAGGUCCGAGAAAAAAGAAUGCCUUUUACAAAAAUGUCAUACAAUUCUACGUCAUUUUACAUAUUAGCUUAAUCUUUUUUAAUACCACACAAAUUACCGAAAUAACGGGCUUAUGUGGUUUAUGUGUUCAUCUUAUCAUAUUUAUCCGAUGCCAAAUCAGUGUGUAUUGUUUGCAACGAAACUGUCCCUGUUUGCAAAUAAUUAAAUCUGAGACCUCAUUAGAAAAUGAAUAGCUUAAUCAAUUGAUAGUGACAGAAUUAGAUUACUUCCCAAGCAAAGUACACUUUUUGUCUCCUCUGAAUGUCAAAGAAACAAAACAAUUAUAUAUACCCAUAUGCCUCCGAGUCACGUCUUUCCCGGGUAUUUUACAGCUUGUUUGUACCAUAAAGCAUCGUGGACCAAAGCGCUGUUAUAGAUGACUUUAUAUAAUCGGAUCCGUUUUAUUUUCUUCAAAAUCUUAAGUUUACAAGUGCUUUUUGCCAUUUUCUUACCCCCUCAAUUCGAGUCUUGGUUUUAACUUCACAGCCCUUCACAUGUAAAGAGUGUAUGGUGGGUGGAGGAACUGACCAACAAAUCUAUGGAUAUAACGUUAGCAGCCUAUAGCCCAAUUUCGUCUGUCAAACAACCUCUUAUUUCUUAAAUAGGAAGAAAUAGGCUCCAACACAAAGCCCUCUUGUUAGUAAAGUCUACUUAAAAUGAAGACGGUUGAAAUGAAUUAUGCUUACAUCUUUGCACUCUCCUUCUCAAACUGAACAGAACAUAGGCUAUAUGCUAGUUCGUGUGCAAUAAAUUAUUUUCUGAACAAGCCUUUGACUCUCCUCCUGACCUGCCACCUUAUACCUACACAGCACAGCCAUUGGUUACGCAGCACACAAGUUGUUGAUCAGCAAGAGCAGAGCAGGCCGGGGCUCUGGGUUGGAAUGUCCAUUACAGUGUGUAAUGCAGCCUAUUUGUAUUUACACAAUCCCAGCAGCUAUCUUAGAAAUAUAACUGCUCUGUGCUUCUCCGAGCAUGCACUUCGUAGUAUAUAGGCUAUGGAUCAUUUGAUUGAGACCACACACAUAGCCAAUAGGCGCACUUGAUAUUGCGCGCCCAGCGGAGAAUCCGAGAUGAGGGACGGCAUCGGGCACACAUCGAUAUACAGUGCAUUCAGAAAGUAUUCAGACCCCUUGACUUUAGGUUACAGCCUUAUUCUAAAAUGGAUGAAAUUACAAAGGUCCUUAUCAAUCUACACACAAUACCCCAUAAUGACAAAGCGAAAACAGGUUUUUACAAAGGUUAGCAAAUGUAUUACAAAUAAAAAACAGAAAUACCUUAUUUACAUUAGUAUUCGAACCCUUUGCUAUGAGACUCGAAAUUGAGCUCACGUGCAUCCUGUUUCCAUUGAUCAUCCUUGAGAUAUUUCUACAACUUGAUUGGAGUCCACCUGUGGUAAAUUCAAUUGAUUGGAAAUCAUUUGGAAAGGCACACACCUGUCUAUAUAAGGUCCCACAGUUGACAGUGCAUGUUAGAGCAAAAAACAAGCCAUGAGGUCAAAGGAAUUGUCCAUAGAGCUCCGAGACAGGAUUGUGUCGAGGCACAGAUCUGGGGAAGGGUACUAAAAAAUGUCUGCAGCAUUGAAGGUCCCCAAGAACACAGUGGCCUCCAUCAUUCUUAAAUGGAAGAAGUUUGGAACCACUAAGACUCUUCCUAGAGCUGGCCCCCGGCCAAACUGAGCAAUCGGGGAGAAGGGCCUCGGUCAGGGAGGUGACAAAGAACCCAAUGGUCACUCUGACAGAGCUCCAGAGUUCCUCUGUGAAGAUGGGAGAACCUUCCAGAAGGACAACCAUCUCUGCAGCACUCCACCAAUCUGUAUGGUAGAGUGGCCAGACGGAAGCCACUCCUCAGUAAAAGGCACAUGACCGCCCGCUUGGAGUUUGCCAAAAGGCACCUAAAGGACUCUCAGACCAUGAAAAACAAGAUUCUCUGGUCUGAUGAAACCGAGAUUGAUUCUUUGGCCUGAAUGCCAAGCGUCACGUCUGGAGGAAACCAGGCACCGCUCAUUACCUGGCCAAUACCAUCCCUACGGUGAAGCAUGGUGGUGGCAGCAUCAUGCUGUGGGGAUGGUUUUCAGCAGCAGGGAUUAGUCAGGAUCGAGGAUCAUCUGCUGAAUGAUGUAAAUGUAAAUGAGGGAAAGAUGAACGGAGCAAAGUACAGACAGAUCCUUGAUGAAAACCUGCUCCAGAGCGCUCAGGACCUCAGACUGGAGUGAAGGUUCACCUUCCAACUGGACAACGACCCUAAGCACACAGCCAAGACAAUGCAGGAGUGGCUUCGGGACAAGUCUCUGAAUGUCCUUGAGUGGCCUAGACUUGAACCCAAUCUAAAAUCUCUGGAGAGACCUGAAAAUGGCUGUGCAGCGAUGCUCCCCAUCCAACCUGACAGAGCUUGAGAGGAUCUGCAGAGAAGAAUGGGAGAAACUUCCCAAAUACAGGUGUCCCAAGCUUGUAGCAUCAUACCCAAGACGACUCAAGGCUGUAAUCGCUGACAAAGGUGCUUCAACAAAGUACUGAGUAAAGGGUCUGAAUACAUAUGUAAAUGUAAUAUUUCUGUUUUUUAUUUUUAAUAAAGGUGCAAAAAAAUGUUUUCAUCAAUUUUAGACUGUAACGUAACAAAAUGUGGAAAAAGUGAAGGGGUCUGAAUACUUUCCGAAUACACUGUAUGUUUACUAUAGGUUAAUGACUCAAAUGUGACUCAAAUUAAAGGGCAUUUAAUUGACUAAAAUGGCCCACUGUUUUUGUCAUUUUGACAAUAACUAGACUAAAUCAUUAUUUAAAUGACAAAAAUGUGACUAAGACAAUGAUAUUUUUGUCAAAAUGACUAAGACUAGAUUACAUUUUAAAAAAGGGCCAAAAUGAACACUGAUUCAAAGGCGUGUUGCGCACUACACUACAGAUAAUGCGCCUUUUAAAGGUAAUUUAUGCAGACAUCCGCAGCAUUUAUGCAAUCUCUGCAAUCUCUGCAAAUGAAUGCAAUCUCUCCAAAUGUCGGGGAAAUGGCCUUUAAAAGAUGCAUUGUCGGUAGUGCAGUGCGCCGUGCUGUGACUUGCCUUCGAAUUAAUCCCGGCCUUGGUGACUAUAUGACUUGGACCAACCUGUGCUGUGACUGAUAUCAGAUGGGCCGUCAGUCAUAUAAAAAAUACAGUGAAAUAUCACACUCCUAGACUAAAACUAGUUUAUUUGUUAAAUGUUAAUAUGUUAAGAGUGGACGAGACAGAGGAAAAGCUGAACCAUCAUCCCUCCCCUGUCCUCUAGACACCACAACUAUAAGGACCUGAGCAGUAACUACAUGGAGGCCCUGUGGAUGGUCUCAGUCACCUUCUUGUCCAUUGGUUACGGGGAUGUUGUUCCCCACACCUACUGUGGCCGCAGCAUCUGUCUACUCACUGGCAUCAUGGUAAGCAGUUUCAGCAAAAUAGGAAAAGCACCCGCACAGCUGAGUUGGCUUGUUGCAGGUGCGUGGGAAUAAUUAGAUGAAAUCUUUAAAGAAAAGAGAAGGGGGUAGGAAUCAUUGUAAUUAUGGUCAUUAGCAUACUGUCUUCUUUUCCUUAAAGGCCCAAUGCAGCCAUUUUUAUCUCAAUAUCAAAUCAUUUCUGGGUAAAAAUUAAGUACUGUACUGUGAUUGUUCUCAAUUAAAAUGGUGAAAAAGAAACAAAAAUAACUUCCUAGCAAGACCAAUAUCUCAAGCAAGAAUUUAGCUAGGACUGUCUGGGAGUGGUCUGAGUGGGGAGGGGAAAACUGAAAACUGGCUGUUAUUGGCAGAGAGGUUUGGAACUCUCUUUCUUAUUCUUAUCUAAUUUACCGCCUGGUGAUGUCAACAGGCAGGCCAAAACUCCAUCCCACCAAAACAGGCUGACAUUUCAGGCGGUCUUUUCAAAUAGCUCUUACACUAAAAGGGCAUUAUCAUCAUUUUUACAGUAUUAUUCCUAGUGUGGAAAUAAAACACAGGAAAAUCUAGUUUUUGACUGCACUGGGCCUUUAAUCUUUUUUGUUUUGUUUAUUUCUCUCUCUGUCAUACACACAUGCACAAACGCACACACACACAAGGGGGCUGGUUGCACAGUGCUGGUGGUUGCCGUGGUUGCCAGGAAACUGGAGCUGACCAGGGCAGAGAAACACGUCCACAACUUCAUGAUGGACUCCCACUUUACAAAAGGGGUAAAACUCACCUGACUUAACAUGUGAAUGUAUUCAAUAGUGGUCUUUGGAACCUUGACUUAACAUGUGAUGUGAGACAUUCACUGUUGGCUUGUAGAGUUGUAUGAAUCAUGGGUUGUAUCCCAAAUGGCACUCUAUUCCCUAUAUAGUGCACCAGUAAUAGGGUGCCAUUUGGGACGCAGCCAUUGAAAACUGAGUGUUGGACGAUAAAACAAUUGUUAUUUUCCAGAUAAAAAUUGCUGCAGCAAAUGUACUAAGAGAGACUUGGAUGAUCUACAAACACACCAAACUGACUAGGGAGAGAGACCACUGCAGAGUACGCAUGCACCAGAGGAAGCUGCUGCUUGCAAUCCACCGGUAAGGCACCAAUCAGAACACACUUCCCCAAGUAACCCACCAAUCAGCUUAGAUAUUCCCCUCUGAAAUAUCAAUGAGGUUACACAUUACACCACAUGCACAGGGGUGUUAGAACUCUAGAACUUGUGAAAGCGCCAACUGUAAUACAGAAAUGGUCAUUCUCUGUUCAUCAUUAAUUAUAUUUUCAAUUUGUUGUACCUGUCCUGUGAUUGUUAUAUCUGAAUGUUAGAAAUCUUCCUCUGUGUGUUCACCCCAGGCUGCGUGAUGUGAAGAUGGAGAGGAGGAAGUUGGCUGACCAGGCCAACUCGCUGGUGGAUCUCUGCAAGGUGAGAGACAGGCACGGUUACCCAUUAGGUUCACCUACUACUGUUGCAACAACCAAAUAUGACCAAUAUUCUAGAGAAGGGAGCCAUCAGCGAUCUUCUAAAUGUGAUCUCAUUGCCCCCUCUCAUUCUCAGACUACUCUUCUGCACCUCUUUCCCAUGUAGAUGCAGAAUCUGAUGUAUGACGUGCUGUCAGAGGUGAGUGGAUGCCGAGGGGACCUGGAAACACACAUAAACAGUCUGCAGCAGAAUGUGGAGGAGCUGAGAGAAGGCUUUAGGACCCUGAUGCCCCUCCUCUCUAGCACCCUCGCCACACAAAACUCUUCCAUCCGCCACCUGCUCAGGGAGAGGGAGGAGCAGGCAGUGACACGGAGCAUGGGAGGGCAGGAUAGGUAAGAUAGCAAGACAGAUGGGAGGAGGUAUGCGAUGUGUGUUGUUACAGGGAGAGGUAGAAAGAAAUUGAUGGGGAAAAGUUGGGAUCAGGAUAAAGAUAGGAUUUAGAUGAUCUUCAAAAGAUACUUUAUAGGAAUAACUAUUCAAAGUGUACGUAAAGAAUGUGUCAAAGCAAUAAGGGAUGGAUUUGAUCAAAUAAAACUAGAAUUACAAUGAGCCAACACCCAGACUAUAUGCAGUACUGAUAAGUGACCCAUACUGGCCCAAAAACCUUGGUGAUACUAGUCUUGAUUAUAACAUUCUCUGAAUCACAAUUGAACAAAAAAGUAUUGUUAGCCAGCAUGUGCACUGAAUGUUGUAAAUUGUACAUUUCCCUGCGUUUCGUAACUAAUGUAUUUUGUAAUUUCACACUGCUAGGUAGAUUGGCAUGGUAGUAUUUGGUGGAGUCCAGUAAUAUCCAAAUAUCUGGUUUUUAUUGAAUUGUAUGAUUUACAGUAACCAUUAAUAAAUUAAGUUACAUUCUUGUCAUGUGUCAAAUAGUUAAUUGCAUAUGACAUUGUUCCUUUAUGUAUUUUCAUGAAAAAACGAGCGCUCACUUUCUUGUAACAGGCUAUGAAAACAGAUGCCAGUGGUCGAGUUCCUGCCCAACUAGAUGCGCAGGUGUUGCGUGCCACGUCAUCCACUGUGCAGUCGGGCAUCAGAUUGCUAUAUCAUGUGUUCAGCCGAUAUCUUAAACACCGAUCCCGGCGUUGUAAGGUCUGGCAUACAUCUGCAAUGAAUUCAGGCAGGAAUUUGACCAGUAACUUUACAGUAGAACAGCCUUUCAAUGGCAUCAUAGGCAAAUAUGGAAAAGGGAACAAAAGUACAAACCACCCCAAUUCUUUAGCCAAAACCAUAUUUUAUUAAGAGACUGGGUUGGAGGGUUCAGUUACAGCAACAAAUAGGACUAUCACAUAGAAUGAGUAAUCCAAUCUGGUGUCCAGACGUCGUGAGCACUUCUAGAUCAAUCCGUUGUUUCUUGGAUGCAGUGACUGCUGUGUCGAGGCUGGAAUUGCUGAAAUCAACCUGUCCAACCCCUCCUCUCCCUUACAUCUCUACCAGGGCAUCGGGAGUACAACUAAUGCUGCUUCCUCCUGA